CUCUCAAUAUAAUGCAUGAACGUAAAAUUUAAGUUUUUAUAAAUCUGUAAUAAGCUCUAAAAAGCUAGAAAUCACAUACCCACAAAAAUUGGGUCAAAGAAAAGCUUUAAAGAAGCUAAUUAGUGGGAACAAAAAUGGAGGAUUAUAUGAAAAUGUUCAUGGAGGAGACAAAUUGGUAUAAUGAGAUAGUGUUACCAAAGAAGCUACAUUCAAUGCUUCCUCACUUUUUGAGGUCUUGGCUUAGAACAACUCUAUGUGCAUUUCUUCUUUAUCCCUUAGCUGCCUUCUUCUGCGUCAACUUUUGGAAACGCUAUGCUUCUUCAUCUAAAGAGAAGAUGCCUUCAAAAAGAGAAAUGGUAUGGCAAGCAUUGGGAGCAUACCAAUCAAUACCAUUUAGCACACUGUUUUCAACAGGUUUCGAGUGGAUGGCUGAGAAUGGUUGGACUCAAUGUUACCCUCGAAUAAGUGAUGUUGGUUGGCCUUCUUAUGUAAUUUACACAAUCAUUUAUCUUUUUAUUGUGGAGUUUGGGGUUUAUUGGGCUCAUCGAUUAAUGCAUGAUAUUAAGCCUAUUUACAAGUAUAUUCAUGCACCUCAUCAUCGUUAUAGUAAAGAAAACAUCAUUUCUCCAUUUACAGGUUGGUCGGGGCACCCAUUGGAUGGAGCAUUACAAGAAACUCCUUAUGGAAUAAUAUUGAUGUUUGUACCAGUACAUUUCACAACAUUUUUGGGACUUUUCCUGGUAGAAGCAGUAUGGGGUGUUAUAAUACAUGAUAGAAGUGAUCCUAAAGCUUGGCCUAUCAUGGGCUCUAAUUAUCAUACCUUUCAUCAUACAUCUGGUCGUUACAAUUAUGGUAAUUAUACCAUUUUCAUGGACUGGUUUUUUGGAACCCUUCGCCAUCCUAAGCUUAAUGCUAAUCAUGUAAAACCUAGUUAAUUAUGAAAUUAAGUUUAAUAUUGUGAUUGAUCACGACAAAUUCUUGUAUGAAACGAUUUUACUGUGAGACGCACUUUAAAUAUGGGUUAAAUUGCCCAAUAUAUUACAUUUUGUUGUGAGCUCGUAUCACUGAGAAGUGGUCUUUUAUAAGACUAGCUCUUGGUCAAUUGAUGAGGAUUGAUAAAUUAAAAUCUCCUUUUUGUAUGGACAAAGUUUUCUUAUAAUUUUAAUACUUAAUUUAUAGAUGAAAUAU